AUGAGUGAUCUCCCAGACUACGUCCUUGACCCCAAUGCCGUCCUCAAGGACACCGAGGCAACCUGGCGUCACGGAAAUCCUCCCAAUUACUCCAAGACAAGAGCAUUUUAUGAGCAGACAAAGCAAAAGACCCACGAGCACGGCAGCCUUCAAUUUCUCGUCGAGAACUUGGUCAAAAACUGGGAGAUCGAAGCCUCCUUCAAGACAAACUUGGCUGACUGGCGGACCAUCGAUCAAGAUGUGUACACCUUCUCCCUGAACGGCGGCGAGCCACGAACAGGACACCACAUGCUUGAAGUGGGAACAUACAAUGCUCUGUUGACUGCGAAUCAGUACUACGACCCCACGAAGAACAGCUUCGACGACUCGCACAAGUCGUUUAAGCGUAUGAUGCCGACAUUUGCUUGGGAGGUACUUGAGGUCUACGCUGGACCCCCAGUUGUUGUUGCGAAGUGGAGACACUGGGGAGAGAUGAAGAAUGAUUAUGUGGGAUAUAAUAGCUCUGGCGAGAAAGUCACAGUGAAGGCUCACGGAGGGGUCAUUGAUAUCCAGGGUCUCAUUGUGGCGAAGGUCAAUGACAAGCUACAAGUGCAGAGUAUCGAUGUCUGGUUUGAUCCGAUGGAAAUGUUUCGCCAGAUUGGCCAAGAGAGGAACGGUACAAGCUCCGGGUCAGGCUGCCCAUUUGCCAGUGCGCGUCAAUAG